CCUCAUCUGUGUUAUUUCAUUCCUUGUCCCAUUCUCAUUUUAUUCUCUGUGAAUGUGUCCCUUUUGAAAAAAACGUAAUGGACUCCUCUUCAGGGCAUUUCGUGCGUGUUCAAGUUCAUAUCGGUUUCUCCACGAUGGUUCGGAAAAGGCAAUCAGUUGUCAAUAAUACUGACGAGCCCACGAAGUCGGUUGCAGUCUCCAAGAAAACUUCAAAUGCGAAGAAUAAGGCGCCUGUUGUCAAAGCCAAAGAAGACAAAGUCAAGUUGACUGCAGCAUCGGCAGAAGAGAAAGUGUUGAAGGUUGUGAAUGGCAAGGCUUCAGUGAAGAGAAAAGCGCCUCAAGACGUAUCGAAGGAUGUCAAAAAGGCCAAGCACGUGGGGUUGGCUCCUGUCGAGACUUCAGGAGUAGACGAAGGCGCCACAUUGAUCACUUGGGGCACUGGUGAGAUGGGCCAGCUGGGCCUGGGUCCAGACGUUCUGGAGAAGAAGCGCCCGGCGCGGGUUACAGCGGGCACCAAGUACACGCACGUGGCAUUGGGCGGCUUGCACACCGUGGCUGUGAAUUUG